AUGCGGCAACAUACUGCUAAACUUCGAGCUUCACAAUCAAAAGAAGAUAGAGCUGUUCGCUUAGAGCACAUGCGACAACAUAAUGCUAAACUUCGAGCUUCGCAAUUAAAAGAAGAUAGAGCUGUUCGCUUAGAGCACAUGCGGCAACAUACUGCUAAACUUCGAGCUUCACAAUCAAAAGAAGAUAGAGCUGUUCGCUUAGAGCACAUGCGGCAACAUACUUCUAAACUUCGAGCUUCAGAAUCAAAAGAAGAUAGAGCUGUUCGCUUAGAGCACAUGCGGCAACAUAAUGCUAAACUUCGAGCUUCACAAUCAAAAGAAGAUAGAGCUCACAUACGGCAAUAUAAUGCUAAACUUCGAGCUUCACAAUCAAAAGAAGAUAGAGCUGCUCGCUUAGAGCACAUGUGGCAACAUAAUGCUAAACUUCGAGCUUCACAAUUAAAAGAAGAUAGAGCUGUUCGCUUAGAGCACAUGCGGCAACAUACUGCUAAACUUCGAGCUUCACAAUCAAAAGAAGAUAGAGCUGUUCGCUUAGAACACAUGCGGCAACAUAAUGCUAAACUUCGAGCUUCGCAAUCAAAAGAAGAUAGAGCUGUUCGCUUAGAGCACAUGCGGCAACAUACUGCUAAACUUCGAGCUUCACAAUCAAAAGAAGAUAGAGCUGCUCGCUUAGAGCACAUGUGGUAA